CCAGGGGAAUCUUCCAGCCCAGGGAUGGAACCUGGUCUGUAUUGCAGGCAGAUUCUUUACCAUCUGAGCCUCUUGGGAAGCCCAAAAUAUAUAAAAUUAUAAAGAUAUAAGUAUUGCUAGGUUGCUCUCUUGGAAAUAUCACACUAACACUUCCAGUGAAAUCUUAUGAGAGUACCUGCUUCCUUGAACCCCAUCUUACACUGUCUAGUAGUAGAGGAAAAAAGUCUUUUACUAUUUUCAGGACAGAAGUCAUAGCUCAUUAUGUUAUUUUGCUUUUAUAUGAAUAUUAGUGAGGUCAAACCUUUAUUGGCCAUGUGUGGGUUUUUCUUUUCUUUUUUCCUGUAGCGAGUUAUCUGUUUUUUAAUAAACACACUGUCUUGGGCUUCACUUGCUUAUUGACUUUUAAGUAUCUUUACAUACAAAAGAAAUUAAAUUCUUCAGUUCUUUAUGUCAUUGUUUGAAACAUUUUUCUGGGGACUUCUGGCCAGUGUGGCAGAGGAAGCUGACAUGGAAGAGACUCCACUUGGCUUCCCUGUAUUUCAAAUGUGGGGUAAAGUGUAUUAAGAUAAUUUAUGGGCAUGUGGCUGAGCUAGGAACCAAGAGGAGGAAAUCCCCAGGUGGCAGAAAUGAAGGAAAGCUCACACAGGAAGGCAGUGCUGAGCAUCUGCUGGGAGCUGAGAGUCACAAAGGAGUACUGUUCCAGUUACCAUGACUGCAUCACAAACUUCUCCAAAACUUAGUGGUACACAACAGCCCUUUAUUGUGCUCACGGAUGCUGUGGGACCGUGCUGGAAUUUGGAUAUGGCAGCGACAGCUUGCCUCUGCCUCGCCAUGUCUGGGGCCUCAGAUGGAAGAUCUGGAGGCUUGGGUCUGGGAACACCUGCAGGCAGGCUCACUCCUCCGUCUGGCGGCUGAUCCUGGCAGUGGACUGAGACCUUAGCUGUGGAUAUCAGAUGGAACCUUUCUGUGGUGGCCUCUCCCUGUAACUCAGCUUCCUCAGAAAAUGGUUUUUGCUUUUCAGAAAAGUCCCAUUACCACGUGGUUCAGGGACCACAGUUGAAGAAGUUGGUGUAUUAACUGAUCUGAUACCUCUGAAACCCAGGGCCAGGCAGAGACCAUUUGAGAGCAUACAGAGAGAUGUACAGCAGUUUCCAAGCUCAAGGAGCUCUGGUGCCCUGUAGAUGGCAGUCUCUCUAAAGAUGAGCUUGUAGGGGCUUCCCUGGUGACGCAGUGGUAAAGAGUCGCCUGCCAGUGCAGAAGACUUGUAUUCAGUCGCUGGUCCGGGAAGAUCCCACACACGCUGGAGCAACUAAGCUGGUGUGCCACUUUGAACCUGUGCUCUCGAGCCUAGAGGCCACAACUACUGAAGUCCGGCAGCUCUGAAGCUCAUGCUCCACAACAAGAGAAGCCACCACGUGAAAAGCCCGUGCACCGCAACUGGAGAGUAACCCCUGCUCACUGCAACUAGAGAAAAGUCCACGCAGCAACAAAGACCCAGCACAGUCAAAAAAAUGAAAAACCAGAAUCCCACCUUCCAAUGCAGGGAACUCGGGUUCAAUCCCUGGUAGGGGAACCAGGAUUCCACAUGCAGCUAAGCCUGCAAGCCACGACUAGAGAUGCCCACACUCCACAAUGGAGGCCCAGUGCAGCCCAAAACUUUUAAAAAAUAAAAAUGAUCUUGCAGUCAAAGGUUAUAAAUCAUACAAGGAAGUGGAACCACAAGGAAGGAGACCCAGUGGAUGCAGCAAAUGGGAGAUCUAUGCUGAAAAAAGUAAAAUAAUACACAUCUUGGAAAAAAAGUUUUAUAGUAUUUAAGGAGAUGAAGGGAUGAAAACCAUAAGGCAAGAAUGGGACAGUGUGAAUAAGAACAGGAGAGGUCUAAGACUGCACACUUAGCCAGAAGGGUAAAGAGGCAGAGUCACUGAGUCAAGCAGUGCCUCCUGGACUCCAGUAUCUCACUUUCAUCAGCAUUGUUGAAAGAAGAAGAAAUAAUGCCAGUGCUGUCUCCUGAAAUCAAAUUUGAGCCUUCUAAUGUCACCAGAAAUACCCUUGGAGGUUGUUUUCUUUUUGAGAGUAGUUGGAGGAAAGCAGUGUUAGAAACACAAAAGAUGCAGAAAGAAUACACCACAGCGUUUGGCCUAGAAGAAUUCAAAGAAUGUGUCAAAAUGCCGUAUUUACCAGGAUUGCAAAAUUGCCAAAAAAGCAUAAGUUCCACUCCACUAGAGUUUCAUAGAAAACUCCUGCGUGCUGAUACUGAGAUGCCUCCUGUCAGCCAUGCUACUGAGAACAUGUCAAGUUGCCUACAAGUAUUUUAUUCUCCUCUACAUAUUGCACAACGCCCUGUGAAAGGACAGUCUUGGCAAAGCAGGUUAAAGAAGACUAAGCCCACAUGUACUGUGACACCACUUCAGGAGAAAUCGAAAGGACUCUUAAGGCAUUGUAAUUCUCCUUCCAUCAAUUUUGGUUCUGGCUUCAGCGAUCCUCUUGCUGGAGCACCAUCUCAGUACUUACAGAGACUUUCCAACAUGGCCAUUUUGGAGUAUGACACCAUUCGUCAAGAAACAAGCAAAAAAUUUAAAAAGAGCAAGAAACGAGAGCUUCGAGACUGCUGAUUAUCAUACACUGUGAUGCUUUCUUCACUGACUUUUAAAGUUUAUAUUUUUCCUUUCUUUUCUUUUUUGAUAUGUGAUAUGAUGUGCAACGAUUUACAUAAAAAUGGAAAUGUAAAUAGGAAAUAAAUGUUUUCUGUUAUAUACGAAA